UACUGCUGUGCUUAUAUCUGCAGCCAUGGCGAUGCGAAGGAGUCUGCCAACCCUGCGACCUAUCGUCAGCGCGUCGGUGUCUGGAGCGGGGCGGAUGGCUCCCCCUUCUUGCUCCCUGCGGGGUAGCGGUUGCAGCGGUGGCGGCGGCGGGGGGAGAGAUUGGAGGGUCUUGUUGCCGACCGGAAGAGGCGUAGAGGGUGCGGGGGUGAGGGGAUUUGGCGUCAUGGACUCGGUGCAGGACAAGAUCAUCAACAGGAACACCGCGAAACAAGAAAAGCAGUUCAAGGAACAGAUGGAGGAGCUGUCCUUGAAGGAGAGCUUCAACCUGGAUGACUUCGCCAAGAUCAUUGAGGAGCCGCUCGACAAGUUUUCGGCGAAGCUCCCGUGGAACAAGAGCCGGGAGGAGCUGCAGGCCAUGAAGAUGCAGAAAAAGGUCCUGGAAGGGCUCACGCCCCUGCAGAGAAAAAACCCAGAGUCCAUCCGGCACGGACACCGCCAGCGCAUCGCCGACCGAGCCGGAGUGACGACGGAAGACGUAAACAAGGCCCUCGCCGCUUACCGAGAGCUGAAGGCGAUGCACGGCUGGCUGUCGACGAGGCGGAAGAGGAAGGAGAGGAUCCCCAGCACACAGGAGGAGCUGCACGUCAUGGCCACCGACCCGUCCGGGACGAUGCUCAUGAACUUCAUGAAAGUCAAGAGGAGCAACUCCGGAAAGCCGAGUUUCGCCUUCUGA